CGACAUGGAAGUUUGACCAGACUAAAUGUAGGAUGAGAUUAGCUGAGUUGAUAAUAUUGGAUGAGCUUCUCUUUAGAUAUCUCGAGCAUGAAGGGUUUAGAUGAUUCAUGGCAUUGACGCAACCCUUGUUUGUGGUUCAUGGUAGGCUUAUUAUUGGAGAAUAUUGUUAUUGUAUCUUUCUUGAAAUGAAAGAUAUCCUGAGAGAUUAUUUGUUACAAAAUAGAGAAAAAGAAUAUUGAUGACCACAAAUACAUAGACUUCUGUACAUAAUGCAAACUAUAUGUGUGACUGCUCACUUUGUUGGUAAAGAUUGAAAGUUUGUGAAGAAUGUCAUAUACUUUGUUGAGGUGACUAGUUAUACUGGAGUUGAUACAACAAAUCAAAUCGGUUAAUCAAGAUCAAAAUUUGUUUAGGUGACUAGUCAUAUUGGGCUAAUUAUAAGGUGAUCACUGAUCACCCACCACUAAAAUGAGUUAAAAUUUUAAAAUGAUUCACCCGACCCACGUCACCCCUACCCAGAUCCUUCCGCACAAAAACAUAAGAAACGGCAUCGCUUAGAAGCAGCUGUAGCCUCGCCUGUAAGCCUGUAACGUUUAUCCGGAGGCGAAACAGUAGGAACCUUGUCAAUUUUUCAGAUACCGGAGCUCAGGGGAAAGAAAUGGCUACUCCAGCUCAUACCUCGCUCCUCCUCUCCAAUCCUUCGCCGCAACCGCAAUCGCAACUCUUGUUCACUGUUCGGAGAUCAGUUUCCGCUCACACUAGAGCAACCAGAUUUAAAUGCUCAGCGAGCCAGACUGGGUUCUUCAGUCGGCUCGGUCGGUUGAUAAAAGAGAAGGCGAAAAGUGACGUCGAGAAGGUCUUCUCCGGAUUCUCGAAAACCAGAGACAAUCUCGCUGUCAUCGACGAACUCCUCCUGUACUGGAACCUCGCCGAGACUGACCGAGUCCUCGACGAGCUGGAAGAGAUUCUACUGGUCGCUGAUUUUGGGCCGAAAAUCACAAUCAAGAUCGUAGAGAGCUUACGGGAGGAUAUUCUGGCGAGGAAGCUCAAAUCAGGAAGUGAAAUCAAGGAUGCUUUGAAGAGUCGUGUGCUGGAUUUGUUAGUCACGAAGGGGAACAAGACGGAGCUUCAACUUGGAUUCAGGAAACCGGCUGUGAUCAUGAUAAUUGGCGUUAAUGGUGGUGGAAAGACAACAUCCCUUGGCAAGCUGGCAUAUAGAUUGAAGAAUGAAGGAGUGAAGAUAUUGAUGGCAGCCGGAGAUACAUUUAGGGCAGCUGCCAGUGAUCAGUUGGAGAUCUGGGCUGAAAGGACUGGAUGUGAAAUUGUUGUGGCUGAAGAAGAAAAGGCAAAAGCAUCAUCUGUUCUUUCACGGGCUGUCAAAAGAGGGAAAGAAGAGGGCUUUGAUAUUGUUCUGUGCGACACCUCUGGACGUCUCCACACGAAUUACAGCCUAAUGGAAGAGUUGAUAGCAUGUAAGAAAGCUGUGGGCAAAGUCGUUCCUGGUGCACCCAAUGAGAUCUUGCUGGUGCUGGAUGGGACCACGGGUCUCAAUAUGCUUCCCCAAGCAAGAGAGUUCAACGAGGUGGUGGGGGUAACGGGUUUCAUUUUGACGAAGCUUGAUGGCACUGCAAGAGGUGGCUGUGUGGUUAGCGUCGUGGACGAGCUUGGCAUCCCUGUGAAGUUUGUUGGUGUCGGUGAAGGCGUAGAAGACCUCCAACCUUUCGACGCAGAGGCUUUCGUGAAUGCCAUAUUUACCUAGGGCCUGAACCAGAGUUAGUAAGCCGGCACUUCACAGUUGCGUUGUUUUACUGCUCGAAAUUGUGCAAGCUUAGUGUGUUAAAUCGACCAAUUUCAUUGUCGAUUUCAGGUUACCUAACCACCAAAAACUAUGAUUGAUUGUCCCAAGUUUAGGCAAAACAUGAUUCAGUACUGAUCUUGGCUUGCAGGGGGGGAUGCGGCGAAUACAAGAAGUCGGGAACACGAAGAUCAGCACUGGGAAAAGCCAAGCCAACUUCCGCCGGGACUACAAAAGGCCGUCAAAAGCUAGGACAAACCAGCUUCAGGAGGAGCCAUUUCACAACAACAGUGUUGAGCAAAAGAGAGGAUUGAUGGUGGUAGUGGGACAUUGGAGAUGUAGAAAUGAACGAUAAAAAAGCUU